AUGAUUGGUAGAUUAGCCCACAUCGGAGUCGACUUGGUUUUAAUUAGCGGAUUCUUGGCCGGUAUGAAGCGUGCUACUGGCGUCCAACCGAAUUUGGAUUUGAUUGAAAAUAAGGAUAUCAAGUCGUAUGCUGGGAAAUAUUUGAGUUUGGGUGAACUGGUUUUGGAUUCUAGCGCUGCGUUUUUGGGAAGCAGCCAGUUUUUUACUAGGAAGUAG